UCUUUUUUUUUUUUUUAAACUUCUAGCAGAAGUGCGGAUGUGAGUUGCAUAUUGAUACGGAACAGGACGCCAGCUAUUUUCCUUUUUAAAUUAAAAGCAAUGCAGGCUUAGGCAAUGGUCAUUUCGUGGAGCUAUGAAUCCAGAGGAGCAGACUGUAACGUGGUUGAUAUCAUUAGGAGUGCUUAGCUCCCCUAAAAAGAACAUAGCGGAUCCGGAGGAGUUUUUGAAAACCUCGCUCAAGGAUGGAGUCGUCCUGUGCAAGCUCUCGGAGCGCCUCAUACCUGGCUUCACUCCCAAGUAUUGCCAGGACCCGAGAACUGAAGCAGACUGCAUUUCCAACAUCAAGGAGUUUUUAAAAGGAUGCUCGUCCUUGAAAGUGGAGGUGUUUGAACCAGAGUGGUUAUACACUGGCGACAAUUUUGGCAAGGUCCUAAAUACUUUGCUGGCGGUCAACUUUGCAACACAAGAUUGUGCUGCUGAGAGAUGUCCUCAGUCCGGUACCCCCUCUCCUAGUCAGGCGUCUUCACACACGCUGUCUUCUGCCAAAUCCAAAGGCUCUCUGCGGAGACAAUCCAAAUCAGUGGAAAUGUCUGAGAACGGUGGAGGUGGGCAGCUGAUGGUAAAGGCUCGCUUCAACUUCAAGCAGAACAAUGAGGAUGAACUGUCAUUCAAUAAAGGUGAAGUGAUCCUUGUGACACGCCAGGAGGAGGGAGGAUGGUGGGAGGGCACGCUCAACGGCAAAACGGGCUGGUUUCCAAGUAACUACGUUCGUGAGAUCAAACCCUGUGAGAAACCAUUGUCACCUAAAGGAACUCAGCUGACUAAGAACUACUACAGUGUGGUGGUACAGGACAUCUUAGAACACGAGCGAGAGUUUCUCAAAGAAUUACAAACCGUGUUGAACUGUUACCUACGACCCCUGCAAUCCAGUGACAAGCUCAGCAGUGCAGACAGUGCCACCUUGUGUGGAAAUCUGGAGGAUAUCAAUAGCUUCCAGCAGGGACUGUGUUUGGCUUUGGAGGAGUGUACUAAGGUCCCAGAGUCACAGCAGCGAGUGGCGGCCUGCUAUCUAAACCUAAUGUGUCAGAUCAAGGCUUUGUACCUGGCUUACUGUUCCAGCCACCCUUCAGCUGUCUGCAUCCUCACCGACCACAGUGAGGAACUUGAGAAGUUCAUGGAGAGCCAUGGAGCAAGUACUGGAGGAGUCAUGACCCUGACCACCAGCCUCAGUAAGCCCUUCAUGAGGCUUGAAAAAUACCCUACCCUGCUACAGGAGCUAGAGAGACAUGUGGAGGAAGCCCACCCUGACUACACUGACAUUGUAAAGGCAACAGCGGCGUUUAGGAGCCUUUUGACACAGUGCCAGGAUCUGCGGAAGCGCAAGAACCUGGAGCUGCAGAUCUUGUCAGAACCUGUGCGGGGAUGGGAGGGAGAAAGCAUGAAGAGUCUUGGUCAUGUGGCCUACACGUCCCAGGUCCAUGUGAGAAAUGGCUGCAGUGAGGAAAAAGAGGAGCGUUACCUCAUGCUUUUCCCCAAUGUGUUAGUAAUGCUCUCUGCCAGUCCCCGGAUGAGUGGCUUUAUUUAUCAGGGAAGACUGCCUCUAACAGGUACCACAGUAACGAGGCACGCAGAAGAUGGAGACAUUUCCCACUUUGCCUUUGACAUCACAGGUAGCAUGAUUGAUCGCAUUACAGUGUUCUGCAGCAGUGCCCAGGAGUUACAGGAAUGGCUGGAGCACCUUCAACCUUUUACCAAAGGUGGAAGCCCUGCCAGCACCAUUUCAAAGAGUAUAGAUGGUAAACCAGUGAGCAUGAUCGGUGCCACCACUCACCCACAUCACCAGGGCAGCUUCAGCAGUGUCAGUCGUGGCCCCCUGGAACCACCAAAGAUUAGCAAGCCCUGGUCUCUCAGCUGUCUGCGGCCUGCACCUCCCCUCAAACCUUCAGCCGCUCUGGGCUACAAAGAGAGGAUGUCUUAUAUCAUGAAGGAUACCAGCAAGAGCCCACGGCCUAUGAAGAAGUUCUUGCCAGGAAAUAGGAGGAAAGAGCGCAAGCCCUCUGAUGAUGACAUUCACAUUAGAAGAAGUACAGUUGCUCUGGAGGAGGAUGCUCAGAUUCUGAGGGUAAUUGAGGCAUAUUGCACGGGAGCCAGCCUGCAUCAGAGCACCACGGCAGUACGGAAAGAGUGCGUCCCUCAGGUGCUCCUGCCAGAGGAAGAGAAGAUCAUUGUGGAGGAAAUGAAGAGCAACGGGCAGACGGUUAUUGAGGAAAAGAGUCUGGUUGAUGCCGUGUAUGCUUUAAAGGACGAGGUUCAUGAGCUUAAAAAGGAGAAUAAGUGGAUGAAGCAGUUUCUGGAGGAGGAGCAGAAGUCUCGUAAGGAGCUUGAGAGACUUGUCCGUAAACUGGCUAAGCAGAAGAAUGAUUGUGGCUGGGAUGACGGCGCCCACUGAGCACAACCAUCCAAUCAUCAGCAUUCGUGUGUGGCUGUGCAUGUAUGUGUCAACAUUUCUGCAACAACGCUUGCGGGGUGGGAGGGGAGGAGGGGGGGCGUGGGGAGGCAGAAAGUGUGUGUGUGUGCGCGCGCGAGUGUGUAUUUGUGUAUCUAUGUUGUGUUAUCACAUUUCAAUCACACAGAGCAGGCUUGGACUUGCUCUCAGGGGUUCUGGAGCUUGAUUUCUUUCUUCCUGACCUAGACGAGACUGUACACAUGCUUCCUUCUGAAGCAGCUCAGCUAAACUCAGACGAAACAAGCAAUCCCCCCUUGGUGACUGGCACUGUGAACACUCCCCAGCAAAUGGAAGAAUUUUGGACAAGGACAGAGAGAGUUUGCCACCAUUUCUUUUGCUUCACUUGGAAAUAGAAAAGGAGUAUGAAGCCAUUAAUUUUAAUGGCUGUUCUCUUGCAUGCACCUCUGUUAUCAAGGGGACUGAUUUUAUUCUUUUUCACGUCAUGACUUUGUCAUUGUUGUAUUUUAUUUGGCAUAAGGGUCCCUAUGGGGAAAAUAGAUAUUUUUUUUUUGGGGGGGGGAAUCUCUCUUAUGUAUGUGUGAUUUGUUUUUGUGUGUGUAUUAUUCUAGACAUUCGCAUUACACAUUUCCAGGCUGCUUUUUAGGCAAACAAUCAGGUUAGCUCAUCGUCGUAAUCUUAGUUUUAAAACAGAGCCCGUCAUCGUUUAUUUAAAAACUGCAUGAAUGUACAUGUAUCUACAGUGUGAAUUCUGCAUCACAAAUGUGAUAAUCGAGAUAUUCAGAUAUAUAGUCCAAAGCUAUCAGGGAUGCAGCUGCGUAUUAAAAUAGGAAAGAUCUUACUAUGUAUCUUUUAUUAUACAAGAGUACACAAAUAAUGACAAAGAUAUUACCCUUACUCUUCGUACUAAAAUAUAUCCAAGAAUCCUUUUAACAUAUAAAUUGCAUAGCUAUUUAUUGUUCACCCAAGCAUUUCAUUGUGGUGUUGGCUUUUUAGAUAUUGUUCUGCUGCCUUUAUGUCUGUCUUUUAAUUAACUACACUGAUAUGUAAAGGCAGGAAAAAAAAAUCCGCUGGCUUUAAGCCAAGGGAAAAAACAAAUUUUUGCAUCACAUAGGAGGAAAGAUUACUUUCGUAUAAGAGCAUGCCUUGAGAAUUUAGAUGUUUUUGUUUUGCAGCUUCUAUGGUAUCCUUGUGGGUUCCUGUUGAGCUGAUGGAGAUAGAGGAAAUGGAGACGAUUUGUCGGUUUAGAGUAAAGCUCAGCUUUUUUUUUAAAGUGCCUCCUGAAGGGGUUAAAUAAACUAAAGAGACUUUAAAACCAGGCCAAGACUCAAUGCAUAUUGAAAUAUCAUGGUCGGUGUGCUGUAAUAAAUGGCUCAAGCUUUUAGUGGGUCUAAAAAGAAAACGGGGCUUAACAGCCUCUCGAGGACUCUCAACGGUACAUUUCCUUAUGUGGUUUUAGCGUGUGCACUGUCAACACUGUUUCCUUAUCUUACUGCACUGCAGAGAGGCAGUAGAUGCUUCUGAAAUGCAAUAAGUGACUGCUUUACUAACUGACCCUCUGGGUUGGUCCCAGCAUGGUGGGCCCAAGUUGGAGUAAUUGCAAUAAAAAAAAAAUACAAUUUAUUGGCCAAAAAAGUUCAAGUUAAGUGCUCGUUAUAUUUCAUUUGCCUUUAUUUAAUUAAGUCUCUUGAUGGUAAUCAAAUUUAAAUUGAUUAAAAAUGACUCAAAAUGUAUCCUGUUGUAUUACUGUAUGUGAAGUGCUGUUCACAUAGAUCUCGUGCGCCUCUUUACAGGGACUCUGAAGCACUGUGUGUGAUACAGGGCAGCACUGGUACAUCAGUAACGGGGUCACUGUCUCGCUCGAGCAUGGCUGCAGGGUAAUGCCUGCUCAGGUGCUGAAGCUGCCCUGUAUUAUUUGAAUUGGGACAGUGAUAGCAUCUAGACUUUCUCCGGCAUUACUGCUGCUUCCUGUACAGAUGUGUGAGUCCGUCUUUUCACAUGUUCGCUGCUGAGAGUAACAUUACCGCUGUUGCUGUAAAAACUGCUCUCAUAAGCGCCGCAUACUGUAGUUUCAAAUUCCCAAUAGUCUCAGUGAGCACUUACUGGUGGAAAGGAGUUGAAAUCCAAUUUUUAACCCGUUUGUCUGAAAUCUUUUCUCCAGACCACUGUGUGUUUUGUUUUUGAAAGACUGUUCUAUGCAAUUAUUGUUGUUGCAAGUAUUGUAAUGCUUUUUUUUUUUUUCUAGAUACCCUGUACUUUGUUUGGUAUGAUCAUUCUUUUAUUAAAACUUUAAUAUAAUACGUGGA